UCAGGUUCAGUCUCGAAUCCCGCGUUGAUUGUUACGGAGUUGUUCUCCGCGGCGCGUUACUCCGCCGUCCGUUCUCCGUACCCAUGGACCGGAGCCGUGGGCCUGACAGGUGCAGUGCAGUGUCGUAAAUAGGAGGACAGAGGGAAACGGGGGGGGAAAAAAACGGAAGGGAAUCGAUUUCGGGGGGGGAUGAAGGAUGAACGAGAGACACGCAUUCGCGACGCGGAUUGCAACGACUCGAUCGAAAUAACAGGCUGCCCCGAUAUAUCGAUAUUACAAUAUAACCGCCGAUAUUUCUGUUCACUUGUCAGAGUAGCAUUCCACUCUGAAGAGGAUUAAAUGAGAAGGUAGCCGAAAGGGGAAAUUUGCACGCAACUUGAAACGAUCCUUCCCGAUCGAGAUUCCGAUUGAGGAGACCCUGUAAAAUUAACGAACGACGUGGGGUGACACCUAUCGCGCGCGCAGAAGGUGCCGUUCGAAAAAGGUUGCGCCUCGCGCGUGGCGUCAUCGAACGAUUCAGCUGAUCGAGAAAGGUGGUUGAGAUUUAAUUGUCGCAUCAAGGUCGCGAUUUCGGAGGAACGGCCAGAGCUCGGAGAGAGAGAGAGAGAGUGAGGAGUAACGCGCGGAAGUAUCGUGAAAUUCUCGAGGGGGGCGCGCGGAUACAGAAGCGGAAGCGAGGGAAAGAGAGAGAGAGAGAGAGAGCUUUUUAAGCCGUCUGGGAUGUCGACGUACGGAAGGUGGACCCUGUGGCCGGCGAGGACGCGUUUUCGACACCUUACAAAAUCGCCGACGAUCCAUCGCAGCAGCUGAGACGCGCACGGAUGAUCGACGCGGAGACCGAUUGACGAUUUUUUUCCCGGUCUUUCGUCUUCUACUCCGAGAAAUUGACGAACGCACAACGGAAGUAAAGGAAUUUCGCCGUGUGUCAAGUGUCGCCGAGGCGAGUAAUCCGGAAUUAUUCUCGGGAGAAGAAUUCGGAAAAGGUGCAACAGCCAUGGACUGGAGGGGGUUUGUGCUGGCAUUUCUGGUGAUCACAAUAACGAGGCACGGCGGUAGCGGCGUACACGCAGCCCAGAUACCUCAGCAGCCGCCGACAACAACCGCGGCGAUAGCUAGCACCGUGCAGAUCGAGUGCGCAAGCGAGUCGAUAAUCGUUCACAUCUCGACGGAGGGCAACACGGACUUCCACGGUCUGGUGUAUCCGCGCGGCUUGUCGAAAAACAGUUCCUGUCUACAGGAGUACAGGAGUCAACCCGUUCCGAUCACCUACAAUUUGCCGCUCAGGUCCUGCAACACCAUGCCCACCGAACUGGAUGACGGUGGUAUCGAAUACUUUAACACAAUCGUGGUACAGCCACACCUGAAGCUGGUCACGAAUCAAGGCAGGGGUUUCCACGUGAGAUGCAGAUACCAGACGCGCGACAAAGUCAUAACGAAUGAUCAGACCCACGUGUCCAUGAUGCAGUCUCUGCCGUUGCAGGCGACCGCGCCAAUGCCGGGAUGCACGAUGAAGAUCUUCAGCGGUGAUCCAACGCAGCAUCACGUGGCGGAGAAUGUGAAGAUCGGCGAUCCCUUGACCCUGGUCAUUAGCAUCGACAAACAAGAGAUGUUUGGCUUGAAGAUCUCCGAUUGCCUGGUACGCGACGGCCUCGGGUGGGGCGAGCAGCGGCUCAUAAAUGACGAAGGUUGUCCGGUUGACGGCGAGAUAAUGGGGCAGUUCACCUACAACGAGGACAAAACGGAGGCCAGGGUGAACUUCCAGGCGCACAAGUUCCCGUACACGGCGAGCGUGUAUUAUCAGUGCAACGUUAAGCUGUGCGCCAAGCAUGGCGGAGGAUGCAGUAAUACGCCGCCGUUGUGCAAUUCGAUCGCCAGACGACGCAGGGACGCCGCGAACGACGACGAAGUGAAGGGCGUCGAAGGCCUGGACGGCACCCCGGCCACGAUCGAGGUUUACAGCGGUCUUUACGUGAACGAGGCCUCGGACAUCGGUUCCAAGUCGGACUUCUCCGACGACGUCCUCCGAGAAAGGGCUAUCGAUGACCCGAAUACCAUUUGCAUAUCGCAGAGGAGUUUCGCUAUCGGAAUUGCCAUUGCCGGUCUUAUACUCAUGCUGGCGGUAGUAGCCGCCAUCCUGGUGCUACUCGCCAAGAGACGGCACAAGACCAUAUCCACGACGGGAUCGUCCAUCUACAGUGGACCGUACACGAACACCGCUUACAGCCACAGUAGUUAGGUCCGCCUCGUUCGGCGCGGGAUCGAGAUACCUGAGAUGCCCCGGCCCAAAAAUAUCCGCGCUCCGCGCGGCAUCUUCCUCGCGGAAUUUUCCGUAGCGACGCGAGAUUUUGCGGCGGGUCUUCCCGGGCAAGCUCGAUCGAAGAUUAAUUAGAUUUUUGGUUGCUCUCGACGCGAAGUCGAUUCCAAGGCGACAAUCGCAGGCGUGCCCUGCGCGCAACCGAGGUUCGCCAAAGCGAAACAAAUGAAACGCGGAUCUCUUGCUCAACUGUUGACGUACUGUACCCUUUUCGACGUUCGCACAACAGUCUCUCGACGACGAUGUUUCAGAGUAUUUAGGAAACUGAUGAUACAGUUUGAUAUUGGAUAUCAAGCUUUGCUAUCUCUUUCUUCCUCACAUCGUCUUCACAGCACUUUUUAAAGGUUUUUUUUUUUUUAAUUUUUACAACAGAUUUCAUAAUUCGUAAAGCAAAAUCCGUGACGAAGAUUUCAUAUCCAGUUUCAGUGGUGCAAUAUUGAAACUGAUAAAUCACAUACAUUUGAUACGAUAUUAUUAGAAAAAGAUAAAGAUAUAAGAUUUCUCGUGUAAUAAAGAUAGCGCGAUUAUAAGCAAUAUUGUAAACAAAAUUAUAUAAUUCUCAUAAAAGAAGAAAAGUAUACUUUAUAGCUUAUAUAUAUAUCGGUGCUUUCUACACAUUGAGACCUGUCUGGAACAGGAUCGCAAAUUUCUCUCUUCAGGAACAAUCUUUCCAAUUUAUUACUCAAAUCGUCGUGCUUAAGAUAGUAAUUAUUCCGUCCGGAUUAUAUGUAUAUACUUUAGCGAAGCUUUUACUAUUUGCUUCGAUUGCGAACGUCUAAUGAAUCGACAUGGCUCAUUUCGUCGAGAGUUGCAUCAUUUUAAUAUAUAUAUAUUAUAUAUAUUAUAUAUACGUUUAAUAUACUAUAUGCUGUACACUAGUCCGGUAUACGCUGUCCUACCUAACACAUAUCUAUCGCACUAAACACACAAAUGCGCACGCGAAUAACAUCAUUCGCGUUUGUCUUUUAAUGAUUACUGAGUGAAAAUAAUUCUCGUAGCAUCUUUAAGAAUUUUUUUUAUUAACAAUUUAUAUAUAAAGAUUUCUAAAAAAAAUAUGUUAAACUUAUUUAGAUCUUACAAAUUUUCUUCGAAAAUUAUAAAAUGAAAAAUUUUUUAAAUUUUAGACUAUUUUUUAAAUUUAUAUAUAGAAGAAUUCUAAGAAGAUACACUUUGUCAACACUUUUGAUAAGUAUUUCAUAUGAAAAAAAGUCUGAGAAAUUUUAAAUUGUAAAAAUAAAUUUCUUUACAUCAGGAUUUAACACAAUUGUGCGCAAAUUCAUUUUAGCUAGAUUUAAGUUCAAGUCAACGCUACGCGUAAACUUCUCAAAUAAUCCAAUCAAAUACUCCGGUGAUCCCCGUGUGUGAUCGUUAACGUUUUCGACGCCAAUACUUUCGCACUUUACUCUGAUGCGAUUUGUAAUUUGAAAUGUUCUCUCGAGUGAAAAGCAAAUCUACGUGUGUACGUGCGAAUACUUAAAUCAUUUAUACACAACGUAAUAUGCGUAGAAAAUCGAUGCCGACAUUUCCGACGAUUACGUAUAUGUAUAUUAAUCCAAAUUAUUGCAAAAAGUGAUAAUCAAAUAUGAAAUUAUCAUAUUUUAUUUUUAAAAAAUCUAAAUAAAGCAAAAAAUCUAGAUAAAUCAAGCAAUAACAAUAAUCCGUUAAUUGAUUAUACUUUGUAACAGUAUAACUUUAAAAGCGUAAUCGGAAAUGUCUAUCUUCAGUGAAGCUUAAAGAAAGUCUAAUUAUAAAAGGACGCAACCAAUAUAAUGUGUGCUUGUGUUGGUUAUUAUAAGUCUUUGAUAAAGCGUGUGAAUGGAUUGUCGUUAUCGUAAAGACGCAAGAUAAUCAUAAAUAACCACCGUAAAAACAGAUCAAUUAAAAUGUAAGCUCACACACCUAUCCCAUAAAUUAUUCCGAUGUCUGCGAUGUUGCGAUAUUAGUCGAAUGAAUGCGAACGCUCAGUAUAAUCAGAUUGUGUAAUUCAGUUAUAACGCUUAAACGUUAAUGUUAAUUAGUCUAAUUGAAACGAGGUGCUGCUCCAACGUCGGUAUGUUCUGGCUCGUUCAACAGCAAUCGCGAAGUACCGAAUGUUGUAACGAUGCGCUCUUUUUUUCAAGCGGUUCCGAAUCCAACUUAUUGGAUUCUAAUUGAAACAAAAGUGUGCGCACGGUAGGAACGCGACGAAAAUACCGAUGUUGCGGCAGUUCGGGGCGUUUAGAUAUUAAUUGACGAUGACAAGGAAACUCUACUGCCAACGCAGUUGCGUAACUGGGUCCAACUGGUGGUGGGUAUAUGACAUGUAAAAUUUUACAUUUAGAGAGAAACCAGCACUCGUAACGUAAUCCGUUAACUCCUCGUCAAGCGCUAAUAUGCUAUCGUACGGGAACGAAGUGUUGUGGUAUAGUAGUUCUCUGGAAAUGAUAAUGUAUUGCGACAGUUGUUCCGGAUGGACCCUGACGUAUCGAAUGAAAAACACUGACGCUUACGUGCCUUACCGAAAGCGAGUAAGACUCUUUAUCUUUGCAAAAUUUAAAGACUGUCAUUAUAGUGAUAGGCGUUUAUAUUUUUUUAAAAAUUGUACAAUUUGAAUUGCUUUGAAUAUCAAAAUUUGAAAUUCUUAAGUCUUGAAUGUCUAUAAAAUCUGCUUUUAAAAAACAUUUAAAUAUUUGAAAUAUUUAACAAUAAGAUUGAUAUCUAUACAAAUGAAAGUGGAUUGAAAAUAACAAGGUAUUGUUUAUUAAAAAAAAAACAAAAAAAAACGAAGCAUUCGAGACUUUUAGGGAUCUUUUGGUUUCGAAUAAUGUUCGUCAUAUUUGAAACAAUCAAAUGAGCCAAUCACGCCUUUUGUUUUAUAUACACAUUCAUGUGCAAAACGUCACUUUAAAAAGUGUCUUAAAAGUCGAUACAGAAUAGAGACGGCCUGUCGUAGAUUUUAAUGACUAAUACGUGGUAGAUACGUUUCUCAGUGUUUUUUUAGUCUCUCGAGAGUAUCCCGCAUAUGUAGAUUCGGGCCUUCGGAUGCGCACGAAUUUACGUUUGUGUAACUCAAGGGGGAGAUAUCGUUAUUUCCUCUUGUACUCCAAGUACGAUAACACGGCAAAUGGCUUCCAGUCCUCCUUGAUAUUACCCUCUCGAAAAGUGCAAUAACUUUAAAGCGUCCCGUGGGUCCCGCGGAAUUUCUGUCGUGGAUUGGAGUUGCUCGGCGAACGGAUCCCACGUGUGAUCCCUCGCCGCGCCGUGGCACUGGUUCAUAGCGACAUUGGGGAUGAAAAUGCGUGUAUAGAAUCUUUCUUUCGCAUUAUAUGAGAUAACGCGGCUUUCGAUGCUCCCGCAAUGUUCCUCUGGACCCUUGUCAAAAGCAUAUACAACGAAUUUGUGUAAAUAACAAAUCUAAUAAAACUGGUAAUUGUAAGACAACGUUUUCUUAGUAUCCCUUCAUCCCAUGCGGUCCUUUUAAGUAAGUCUUCCUGUUGCUUAGAUUACAAGUAGAUGAAUAGAUGAAACUAGGAACGGAAGUGUUUUGUACGUCACAAAAUAAUCGACUCUAGCUGGCAAAUUAUCAAACGAGAGUGUCUUCUUUUUUUAUUGAAUUAUAUAUAUAAUUCGUUUUUGGAAAAUAUGAUAUAAUAUAUAUAUAAUAUAUAUAUGUAUAUAAUAUAACAAGAAAUAUAAUUAGACUGACAUGACUUCUAUAUCAAAUUUCUUUCCGGCUCUCUAUGAUGUUGUGCAUUUCGGAUGAGUAUAAUAUAGCUCUUUAUUAACGCCACAGAAUUGUCAAUUGCUUCGCCUUUCCUUUCUCUCGUUGCCCCCUUUCGUUACCCUAGAUUAUAUUUAUACACAGAUAAUUCAGGUCGAUUUUCCUUCUCUUCGUCAAGCAUACUUCCUUCUCUUUAUCUUUUCUCUUAAUUAAGGUUACAUGUAGCUCGUAAUGCGAUGUAGCUCUCCUCGUGCAGCCGAAAAAAAAAAAA